AUGAGGGGUCUUGUUAUAUUGGUGACUUUAUGCGGUGUUGUUUUCGGACGCGCUCAAAUUUCUGGAGAACAGCAAAAUGUGGAAGAGGAAAUCAAUCCGGUAGAAAUCAUUGAUGAUAGUCAAUUCACCAAAGAAAGUGAAGCUACCACUGAAGCUGUUUACUCUGAAAGGAAAGCAAAAUACCGAUUUCUACCUGAUCAAUACAACGAGGAAUCCUCGCCAGUAGGUGUCAGCAGAACGUGCAGGGAAAAGAACGAAAGGUACUCAAUACCUGGAAGCUGCGACAGAUAUAUUGAAUGCCUGAACGGAACAGCCGAAGAGAAGACAUGCCCUGAUGGAUUACGUUACAAUCCGAAUGUCAAUUUCAAUGUGUACCCCUGCCAGUACCCUAUAGAUGUACCAUGCUUGGAGAGAUCGGCCGGAUUACAACCAGCGCAGCCUACAGAGGACUGUCCUCAUCAAUUUGGUUACUUCAAGAUUGGUGAUGCCAAAAACUGCAGCGGUUUCAGGAACUGCGUGAACGGCGUUGCUUAUGACUUCACCUGUCCCGAGGGGCUUGCCUUCAGCUCAGAAACCUACCGCUGCGAAUGGCCUGAUGAAUCAAAAGAUUGUGAUGCUGAAGCGUUCCUCGGCUUCCGUUGUCCUCCUGUGCCAGAAUCUAGGGAACUUGGUGCUCCAGCCGGUUUCAGAUUUUACAGAUCUCCCAGCAACUGUCAAAAUUACUUCCUCUGUAUUAACGGCAAACCUCGUCGGUUGAGCUGUGGUGGUUAUUCAGCCUUCGACGAGUCUUCGGAAUCUUGCAUAUCUGCUGUAGAUAUACCAGAAUGUCCUCUAGAGCUGAGAACUCGUGCUGCCCAAAUCAUUGAGGAAGAAAAGCAACGAAACACAGCCGAAGCCGCUUUCGCCAGACUGAGAUACGCCCAAAGCGAAGAUGUCACAGAAUCUUCGACGGUAUCAUUUGAUGCAUAA